CUCAACUCGUUUUAUAUACACCUCCUAAACUACUUCCGUUUCUUCAUCCCCUAGCCUAUCAUAUCUCAGCUUAAAAAGUCAACGAAAAUGACUAAUUUUAUCCUCUCAGCAGCCACCUUUCUCUUCUUCCUCCUUUCCUCUCCUCCAUCCACCACCGCGGCCGCAAAAAUAACCCCGGUCUUCGAUAUCAACGGCCGCCCUCUCCAAACCGGCUCCACCUACUACAUCCUUCCCGUGAUCCGAGGCCGAGGCGGGGGCCUUACAAUGACACCCAUAAACACCACACAAUCAUGCCCACUCUACGUAGCCCAAGAAAACCACGAAGUCUCAAACGGCCUACCUCUUAAAAUCUACCCGGUCAACCCAAAUGAGAAAAGAGUCCCUUUAGGGGGUGACGUCAACAUCGUCUUCGAUGCCGCCUCCAUCUGCGUACAAUCCACCGGAUGGAUGCUGGCCUUCGACGAGGCCACCGGAAAACAACACGUGGCGACUGGAGGAACAAUCGGAAACCCGGGUGUCGAUACCUUGAGUAACUGGUUCCGGAUUGAGAAGGCUGGGAGUGGGAUGUAUGAUUAUAAGGUGUCGUUUUGCCCAGGUGUUUGUAUCUUUUGUACGGUCAUGUGUGGGGAUGUUGGUGUUUUUAUUGGGGAAGAUGGCACUAGGUUUCUUGGUCUUACCGAUCGUCCUCUUUUGGUUAAGUUCAAGAAAGCUUAAAGAUUUUGACAAUUAAUACUAUCAUCCUUCUCCGGUUCUCCUUCCGGUUAACUUUAAUGGUUACACUUUAACAUUUACGCUAUUUAUAGACUCUAUGUAUUACAAAAAUACGGAAUAUGUUUAUCUUUAAUGAUUUGUCUCAAUAUGAUAUCAACUUUAUGUAAGCAUGAAAGUCAAACUUGCAUGUUGCAAGCUAAGUAAAAAAAGUUUAAACUUGCAUGUUGCAUGUUGCAAGUCUUAACUUCAAUUCUCAAGUCAAGGUUUAUUGUUUACUUUUGGAAUUCAUCCAUUAUGAUAAAAUUAAUACAUUUAUUUGCUUAAAUUGAA